UGCCCAGUGCCCUGGGACGCCUUUCCGACGCGAAGGGUGCAAUACAAGUGUAAUUCGCUGUUUUACGCAGUCACUACACUUCGUGGUAAAUCCUGUGAAACUCUUUGAGGCGAAAGGCGGCGCAUCAAAUGGAAGGAUUAUUAUUACUGUGCGUUACACAAAUGUGAGUUUCCUUUGAGUGCUCCAAUGUUUUCGUGUGUGUGUGCAGUGAGCCAUCCCGGUGCCUUCCUAUCCCGGACAGUGUCAUGGUUAUGUUCGAGGACACGGAAGAGCAGUCAGACGACAGCAGUAAGCACAGCGGACGUAUCCGCUCCUUUCCUCACCAGCGAGGCAACUGGUCGACGCUUGUAUAACCCUGAGGAGGAGUUUGUGGAACUCACUGACCUGCUGCUGUCCCACCUUCUUGAGGUUGGGGCUUCCAUGACCAGGAUGCUGGAGUUCCACAUCAGCCUUUCACAGACCGUGGUGUUGCGCUAUCACUGGAUAACCCCCUUUGUGCAGUCCUUAAAGGACUUGCUGUCUCCUUAUGACAGGUUUUACUGUGUCUCGGACAAGGUGAAGAUCUACUGUAACCAAGAGAAGACCAGGACCUUCCUGGGUUUGGAGGUUUCCGCUGGUGACAAGUAUCUCCUCGAGCUGGUCCAUGAGGUGGACAAAUGCAUGGAGGAGUAUGAUCUGAAAACGUUCUAUAAGAGCCCUUCCUUUCACAUUAGCCUGGGCUGGUGCUUGGGAGAUGCUACUGCUCAGCUUGCAAAACACCAGCAGGAAUUACAGGAUAUAGUGGAUAAGUUUGAGGACAGCGCCAGGAUCCUCCGGGUAUACGCAGAUCAGGUUCGGUGCAAAACCGGGAACAAGAUAUUUUCCUUCCCUUUACAAUAGUCCUGGCCACUGAUCUCCCCAGCGGGACUGGAUCCCACAGAGAACUCGCUGCAGGGACAGCUCAGGGAGAGGUCUUGUUUGAUUCACACGUCUUCAGCGGUUACAGAGGGAACUGAUUCCCAUUCCUCAAUGCACCAGUCUUGCCGACUGACUGUUGACCUGUGAAGUCUGCAAUACCGUGGCUGGUUUAUAUCGAACACCCCUCUGCUGAGAACUGUUACAAUACAUUUUUUGAAUGGAAAACGUUGCACAGUGAAAAUCAAAUAGGAUUUCACCCCCAAUCUCAGGCUUUGUAAAUAUUAGAUUCUCCUUUGUAUCGUACCACAGUAGUGCUGAUGCCAUGUCAAGAGUGAGUGACCCGAGUCUAUCUCAAGCUGAAAGUUCCAGGUUCUUUAUGCACUUUACAAUUUUGGGUAAAGCUACAGUAUGUGCGUGAAUCAUGAGUGGAAGUACUUUGUAAAUCUGAUCAGCUGUUAAUCUUGGAAUAACUUGUGUUAAAGGUUUAUUUACAUCAAA